GUGUGACUCAGCGUGGCUACGACGCUGCUAUAGUAAGAUAUGUUAAUUGAAGAUCUACCAACAAUAUAUAUUUUUAUUGAUAGAUCUUUGUGUUAACGUAUUAUUAAAAUUCUUGAAGCUCAACCAAUGAAAAUCAUCCACGACUGUUUACGGUGCUGAAAAUUAGUGUUAUGUAGCCAAUGUGCAAGCAUUUUAUAAGCCGGUCCAGGAUCUGGCAAGGAAGUUUGUACUGACUGUCUCAUGUGCAACAUACUGGAAGCUUUUUGGGUAACUUGCCCACAAUGAGGCCUUCACUGACAACAAUCCUAUCUGGGAUUUUCCUGGCCUAUAUGGGAUAUUCCAUGUAUACCAUCGCCUUGAUAUUUUUCCCCACUCCGUGCACAUCAGAUGUUAAAGGAAAGUGCAUUCAGCCAUAUACAGCUACGCAUAAAGAUUUACAAUUGUCAGUAUAUACAUCCUUAAAGGCAGAAAGAGUUGCAUCAAGUGACCUGACUUUGAUAUGGCAUUACAAAAACUUUUCAAUUCAUGCCAUAGAAGAAAAGUCCGUUAACGUGAGCAUACCAAGGCAGGUACGGAAGAAUGGGACUCUUCACAUGCAUGUGUUUGUAUACCCCCGGAACCAAGACCCGUUCAGUAGCGAGUACACAGCCCAUGUGCAGGCUCCUAUAACCACCUUCAUGGUACCACAGUCGACAACCUUCAACCUGCUCACGGAUGAAACUUUACAGGAGAAACCAAAGAUGACCAAAUCCACAGAUAAGCCUGUCACCCACUGGAGGUCAAAGGUCACAGUGAGCGUAAUGGAAGAUGAGAUUGCGUUCGAGCGUAUGGCCGUUCCUGGUGAAGUGAUGCGCUACCUAAGGCUUUCACCAAAAGGAGACUACCUACCUGUAGUAUUUAUAGAUGAGUUGGGAUUUCGUACCAAAGAUCUAAUGUUUGUGAAUAAGAGUGUGGAAGAUUUGCCACUCACCAUUACGUACACGCCAAUAUCUGUGGGAAAGCUGCGAAUGUGGACCAACAUGCUGGAGUCCAUCAAGAUGCUACAAAAACUUGGCUUUACUGAGAAGGACACAGAUGAGAUCAAGGGCAUUUUCUCUGAUACAAACUUCUACUUCCUAAUGUUGACCUUUACAGUGGCAGCCUUCCAUCUCCUGUUUGACUUCCUAGCGUUCAAGAAUGAUAUCAGUUACUGGCGCAACCGUGACUCGAUGGUUGGACUGUCUACCCGAGCCGUGGUAUGGCGAUGCAUCUCACAGUUUGUGAUCUUCUUGUACCUGAUGGAUGAAGAAACCAGCCUCCUCGUGCUUAUUCCAGCUGGAAUCAGUACAGUUAUUGAAAUUUGGAAAGUUAAGAAGGCCUUUAAAAUGACGAUCAUUUGGAAUGGAGUGAUACCAAAAAUAUGUCUGGGAACAAGUUCUGCAAAGGAAUUGGAAACGGCACAAUUUGACUCUCAGGCUAUGAAGUACCUGUCCUACGUGCUGUACCCGCUGUGUCUCGGUGGGGCGGGAUACUCGCUGAUGUACGUGCAGCACAAGAGCUGGUACUCCUGGCUUAUACAGAGUCUUGUCAACGGGGUCUAUGCCUUUGGCUUCCUAUUCAUGCUGCCACAACUGUUCGUCAACUAUAAGCUGAAAUCCGUUGCACAUCUUCCAUGGAGAGCUUUCAUGUAUAAGGCAUUUAAUACCUUUAUCGACGACAUAUUUGCCUUCAUUAUCACCAUGCCAACCGCCCACAGGCUUGCUUGUUUCCGUGACGAUGUGGUGUUCCUAGUCUACCUGUACCAGAGAUGGCUUUACCCAGUUGACAAAAAGAGGACAAAUGAAUUUGGACAGUCCUUUGAUGAUGCAGUUUCCGAGAAACCAAAGAAGGAAUAGGUUUAGCGGAAUACUUUCAUGCACAAUUUCAUGGCAUAAUACACCUAUCUUUGUAGGCUUUUGUGACAUUAUUUGAUGUCAGUUGUUUCCAUAUAUGUAUGGACUAUUUUACUACUUUAGUUACAUUUUCUUGUGUCUUUGAAUUUUUUCUUUAAUAUUUCAAAUUUUCAAAAGUCACUUCUUAAAAUGCAUUUUAGUUAACAAGGCUUUUAGUAUUGUAAAUAUAUAAAAUAAACUUAUGAAGUCAUUUAAACACAUUUCAAGUUCAUGGGACCUUUAUGAUUGUUAAUAGUGACUUGAUUUAUAUGUUCAUGUAAAGUAUAUAAUCCUAAACACUUUAAGAUACACAUUUUGGCCUGUAAGUAAUCCCUUUAUAAAAACAACUUUAAAUUAAAAAAAAAGUUCAUACCCAAUCCACACUUAAUGCAGCCGCAGGCACGGAAAGACGUGAUAAAUUUUGAAAUACACACACACACACGCAGACUUUUCACACUAGAUACAAGCUUUAAAGGCUUCAUUUCCAGCUAUAAGAUUCUGAUUAGCAGCAAACAUAAUAAACUUGUUAAGUCAGAGUAUUAUCCAAUAUGUGAAAAUAAUUGAUAAUGAUACAAGCAUAGUGAAACUAACGCUGCUUCAGCAGAAUAGAAGCCAUUUUAUAGCACUUGGUCUUUUGCUUGUCUCAACAGUCUUAGUACAUGAAUACCACACAUAAAACAAAGAAACAAAAAGCAGUUUAACCCUUUGCAUGCUGGGAAAUUUGUCGUCUGCUAAGAUGUCUUCUGCUGAAUUUCUAAAAUUAGCAUUUUCUUUCAUUUUUUUCAAAGAAUACUAUCAGAAUAGCAAACAGUUUGGAUCCAGAUGAGACGCCACGUUCUGUGGCGUCUCAUCUGGAUCCAAACUGUUUGCAAAGGCCUUUAAAAUUCGGUUCCCGCACUGAAAGGGUUAAUAAAAAUGUGUAUGACUCCAUUAACUUUUUGUAUCCUGUAUUUCAUUUGGCAUCCCAGUCAGAUCAAGAUCGGUGAUACCUUAUUAGUUGUACAAGUAUUUAAAAUUGAAAAAAGAAGAUAUAUUUUACUAAUAUUUUAUAUUCAACUAUAUAUUAUAGUUUAUUUCAGAAUGUGAGUUUUAACUUGUAUGCAUCAUGGCCUUUCUUGACAUUGUUAUUGUUUUUAUUUGCUGGAUUUGUUAUGACUCUUUGUAUGGAAGUUAUUGUCUAGAACUGUUUGUGUACUGUUUUGGGUCCAUACGUCCAUACUUAUGAGUGAUUUCCCUUUCUCUAUUUAUAAAAAGUAUUGUAUUAAAGCAAGAUUAUACGAUUUUUUAUAAGUGUUAAAUUGUAAUAUAUUGAUAAAAUAUGUGACAAUAACACCACAUAGGCAAGAACAAUUAUACAUUGAGGACGAAUUUCAUAAAAUGUAGCAAAGACAAAUUAGCGCCCGGGCCGAUUGUGACGAAGAUAUAGCAAAGACAAAUUAGCGCCCCGAGCCGAUUGUGACGAAGAUAUUUAGUACAUAUUUUCCUACAAUAACCGAAGCAUUCGUCUUUUUAGUUAGUGUUCGUGUGUCGUAUGAAUAGGUAUAAUUGCAGGAAUUUAAAAUGAACCGUUAAACUUAAUUUAGAUUCACGUAGUAUGCAUCAUGGCCUGAUACAGCUUUAAUUGUUAUUUGUACAAAUAUUAACAUUUGUUCACGUGCAUCUUUUUUGCAACUGUGAUAUUCGAGUUUUAUCAAUGACAAAUGUUAAAACUUGCAUUGUUAACAUUAUGUUGUAGUGAAAAAGGCACUAUCGAUUAUUACAGUAAAUAGACCAAGCCAAAGUUUAUGAAAUUUUAAAUUUGCUACUCAAUCUUCCUGGUAGAUGUUUAUCACAUUGUCUACAACAUAUAAUUUAAUACUACACUAUGUGUUUUAUUUCUGAACAUUACAUUGCAAGUUUGCUUCAAUCUUUUUUUUCCAAAUUAUUUUAGCAUUCUGAAUAGUAUAAUAUUGAUUACUUUGUAUUCAUUUAAUGUAAAAUGUCUUUCUUUACAUUGUUAUUGUUUUUAUUUGCUGGAUUUGUUAUGACUCUUUGUAUGGAAGUUAUUGUCUAGACCUGUUUGUGUACUGUUUUGGGUCCAUACGUCCAUUCUUAUGAGUGAUUUCCCUUUCUCUAUUUAUAUAAAGCAAUGUAUUAAAGCGAGAUUAUACGAUUUUUAUGUCCCCCACUAUAGUAGUGGGGGACAUAUUGUUUUUGCCCUGUCUGUCUGUUGGUCUGUUGGUCUGUUUGGCCCAACUUUUACAUUUUGCAAUAACUUUUGCUAUAUUGAAGAUAGCAACUUCAUAGUUGGCAUGCAUGUGUAUCUCAUGAAGCUGCACAUUUUGAGUGGUGAAAGGUCAAGGUCAUCCUUCAAGGUCAGAGGUCAAAUAUAUGUGGCCAAAAUCACUCAUUUUAUGAAUACUUUUGCAAUAUUGAAGAUAGCAACUUGAUAUUUGGCAUGCAUGUGUAUCUCAUAAAGCUGCACAUUUUGAGUGGUGCAAGGUCAAGGUCAUCCUUCAAGGUCAGAGGUCAAAUAUAUGUGGCCAAAAUCGCUCAUUUUAUGAAUACUUUUGCAAUAUUGAAGAUAGCAACUUGAUAUUUGGCAUGCAUGUGUAUCUCAUGGAGCUGCACAUUUUGAGUGGUGAAAGGUCAAGGUCAAGGUCAUCCUUCAAGGUCAGAGGUCAAAUAUAUGUGGCCCAAAUCGCUUAUUUUAUGAAUACUUUUGCAAUUUUGAAGAUAGCAACUUGAUAUUUGGCAUGCAUGUGUAUCUCAUGGAGCUGCACAUUUUGAGUUGUAAAAGGUCAAGGUCAUCCUUCACAAGGUCAAGGUCAUCCUCCAAGGUCAAAUGUCAUAUAGGGGGACAUUGUGUUUCACAAACGCAUCUUGUUUAUAAGUGUUUAAUUGUAAUAUAUUGAUAAAAUAUGUGACAAUAACACAAAAUAGGCAAGAACAAUUAUACAUUGAAGACGAAUUUCAAAAAAUGAAGCAAAGACAAAUUAGCGCCCCGAGCCGAUUGUGACGAAGAUAUUUUGUACAUAUUUUCCUACAAUAACCAAAGCAUUCGUCUUUUUAGUACGUGUUCGUGUGUCGUAUGAAUAGAUAUCGUUGCAGGAAUUUAAAAUGAACCGUUAAACUAAAUUUAGAUUCACUAUGUACAUGCAUAAUUUACAUGCUGGCAAGACAUUUUCAGAAUUUCAGAAUAAAAAAUCAGGCUUAUUACGCAUUUUUCGACACAUAUUCUUCAACUUUUAUUCUAAUUUUUAUUGAAAUAAAAUGUUUAAUAAGUUUUUUACACAUUUUAUAUAAAAUGAUAAAUAGUAUUAUCUCGCUUUAAAUGUUUCUUUUCUGAGCUCACCUUAGCACUUUGUUCUCAAGGCGAGCUAAAGUGGCCAUCCCAUGUCCAGGGUUGUGGGAAAUUGUGAACUGUGUCAACAUCUUUUAGCUUGUUGUCAUUCUAGAGGCCACAUUUUUCAUUCCAAUCUUGGAAUCAAUGGAAAUUGGUAUGAAUGUUUGCUUUCCCAAUGUAUAGGCCAAUUUCAUUUCUGACUCAAAUGCAUCCACGUCAUUUCAUUUUGUUCCUAAAUAAAAAAAUUUGGUUGCUAUAACAACAAAUAUAUAUAUAUAUAUAUAUAUAUAUAUAUAUAUAUAUAUAUAUAUAUAUAUAUAUAUAUAUAUAUAUAUAUAUAUAAUGACAAUGGUGGUGCCGGUAGGGGACUUGUAUUGCUUGACAAUAGUCUUGUUUUAUUUGAGUUUCUCUUUUUUUAUACACUUACAACGGACGCUUUAAGUAGAUGUCAUACUGUCUGUCAGUUGCAUUAACUGCUCAAUAUCCUGUCUCAGCCGUACUUUGCUUUGUAUUGAUAGAUUUUUAUAAUAAAUUUGCACGAACGUAAACCCUGCACAAUUGUAAACCAUCAUAUUACAAUGUGUUUCAUCUAUCAAAGGUCACAUUGCUGCUUAACCUCAAAGCUUGAUGUCACGUUUUAAAGAUUAUUUUGCCAAAAAGCAGCUUAUUAGACUGUAUCUUUGUCUUUCAUCAUGCUAUUUUAAGGUAUCUUACCACUUAUGACAACCACAAGUGUGUAAAUUCUGUCUCCCUAUCCAGAGGUCAAGGUCACACUUAGAGGUCAAAGGUAAAUUUGGCUUUAAAACGGCUUGUCCAGGCUCUAUAUAAUUUUCAUUCAGUUUACUUCAAUUGACUACCUUGAGGAGAAUGAGAAUGAGUGGCAAGUGUUUUGUACCUUAAAGGUAAGGGCAUACGUAAAUGUAAAUAGUCUAAUUUUGCCAUACACAGAGUGUGAUUCAUACAAGUGGAGUUUUUAGACAUUAAAGUGGAAUGUGGGGGCAUCAAUUCCCUAUGGAACCAUGUCUUGCAUGCAAGUCAGCCCACAAGUGUUGUUUGUGCAUGGUCAUUUGUGGUAAAGAUUUAUUAGCUCAGCUAAUCACUAGUUUAAUUGAAUUAAAGAAGGGUGGAAAUAUUAUUGUUUAAUAUGGAUGUAAGUUUGUGUGGUCCAUCGUUUUAUAUGUGUAUCAAUACUUCAUGUCAAAUAUCUUGGCUUGUGUGUUAUAGGAAUGGCUUAAUUCAUGGGCGCACUUGUAUAAAGGUAAUGAUAGAGUUUAACAUUAAGUAUUACAUAAUGCAGGGGUAAGUCAAAUAUAUAUGACUUUUAGACUUUGAAAAAAAGUCAUAUUAAGCUCUUUUUUUAAAAUCUUUUUUGUUUUAUCCAGUUAUAACCCAUUCUGAUUGAUAUGGUUAUAAAAUAGGCCUAUUUUGUUUCAAGGGUUUUAAUAGUUGUUAACUUAUUGAUAUGGCAGACCUUCAAUUAAAUCGUGAUCAUUAUAAAUCUGUUAAGUGUAACAUUAUUUUAUGUAUAUUGAAUGGAUGCUUUCUUUGUUAAAGUGGUAUGUGUCGUAAAUGACAAUAAAAAAACAUUAAUUUUA